AUGGCAAGUGGCAAGAUUUUGUAUUCAAUAGCUGUGGUUAUACUCGGCUUUAUUUGCUUUAUUGUUGGAGCGAUUGCAGUUGGUCUACCAACAUGGGGCUAUUUUUAUAGUUAUGACUCUGACAUUGAUCUCUCCGUGCAGUCAUAUUAUUUGGAGAAUCCGAACUUUGACCAAGGAUACUACGGGCCAUGGCGCGUUUGCAAGAGGAUGUUGUACAACCGAGAGAAAUGCGGCACAGACGUCUCAAAAUUUCGGCCUUCAACGGCGGUUUACAUAGCCGGCGUGGUAGCUGUUGUGAGCGUGACGGUGCUCGGAGUGUUCUGCAUACUGUCAGUUCUGCAACUCGCGAUGAUCUCGUCAAAGGAGAAAGUUGGCAUAAAAUACUCACAUCUUGUCAUGGUGAAGUUAGCGCUGGCGCUUUUAGCAACGCUACUCUCCAUAGCCGCAGCUGGUCUGUUCGCGGUGCAGGUCGAUGACAGAGGAUUUUACCUGACAAGAGGAGAAGCGUUUUACGUUCAGAUCGUUUGCAUAGUAAUUAACUCUAUGCUGUUCAUAAUGUCGUUAUACGACACGUUGUUCUCUCGACGAGUCGGCGGCGAUCCGACGAAUCCACACAACGGGACCGAAGGCACCACCAUCAACAACCCCGGCUUCAAAGAAGGAAGAGGUAUUUCGAUGACAGAUGCCUCGGGCAAACCGUACAGCACAAACGGCCACGGAAGCGUCGCGUCUAUGAACACAACAGCGACAACCUUAACGGGCCUGUCAGACGCUAGUACCAUCACUAGAUCACCGCUUAGGUCCUCUUUAAAGAAACCUAGACCCAGGGAAGGAGAACCUGGGGGACUUGGAAUCCAAAAUCCCGGGUACUCCGGUCAUUCGCCUCCUCUAAAUAGAAACGGCAGUCAGAAAAAAGUUCGCAUACAAACACAUAGCACUGAAGUUUAA